UAUUCUAUGGACGUGUCUGUCCGUGUUCGACCCUUCUCCAACAACAACUUUGCAGUCUCGUUUAUAUUCUCAGGUUUCCGCACGUGGACGCCCUCUUCAGUACAUUUACUUCAGUCAAGUAAUUAGAGCCUUUACUAGUUUACAUGAACACAUUCGGACGACUUACUCUACGUCAAAGCAUUUUUCUAGGAUAAAACACAAGCAUGUUUGAUGAAUGCCAAGGUGCUUUCCUGCUCAUCUGAAUAGAGUUCCCUCUGCAUUAUGACACAGUUUCAUAACAGGCUUCAAGUUGCACAGGUGAAACCCCAGUGUAGUUCAGGUCCAGUGCCCUUUUCUCUCUGCAGUCGGGAAGAUAGUGCACACGAGUUAGUUGACACAGACCGCUGACAUGCCUUGAGCAGGCUUCAAGUUGCGUAGGGGAGACCCCAGUGCAUUCCAAGUCCAGUGCCAUUUUCUCUUGGCCAUCAGAGGAAGGGAGCAUGAGACAAGACUUAAGUGCAUUUCCUUGGUUCAUUUAUGUUCUGAUGUUUUAUGUUUUGAUCGUUUCAAUGUGCCAACCUUCUUUACCAGCCGUAACCGCGAUGGAGAAUGAGACAAGGCUUAAGAGUGACUCCAAGGCUCAUUUACGUUUUGAUCGCGCAUGGUCUCAACAUUCCAAAGUGUCAUGGGUCUUUUCAAAUGGCUUCAUGUUUCAAUUAUAAGGAAGCAUUUGUUCAAACAAAAAUGUUUUCAGUCCUUUAAGGAUCAUUGUAACUGAUGAUGUUAUUAUUAUUCAUAAUAAUAAUAAUAAUAAUAAUAAUGCUGAUGUGGUGUCCUGUCCUCUGAUUUCUGUGUGUGAGAGAAACACACUCACAUUUCUGUUACAUGGGAAACUUUAUCUGUAUUAUGGCUGUGUGUGUGUGUGUGUGUGUGUGUGUGUGUGUGUGUGAUCAGUGUUCUGAUAUUUCUUCAUUUCUCUUCCAGUCUGUGUGUGUGUGAUCUGACAGAGGAAAGCUGUAGAGUUCUGUCCUCAGUUCUCAGAUCAAACUCCUCCAGACUGAGAGAACUGAACCUGAGUGUCAAUAACCUGCAGGAUUCAGGAGUGAAGCUGCUCUCUGCUGGACUGGAGAAUCCACACUGUACACUGGAGAUACUGAGAAAAUGUUUGAAGGAUUUUUACACGCACCCCUGCUCUCAUCAGACAGAACCUCGAUUGGGAAACACUGGGUUAGUUACUCGUCUGACCAAUGUGUUUAACUUACUCUCCAUCAUCACCUUUAUUCUGAGUAACAUUCAUUAUUCACACAAAAACUACUUACACACCAAUCCUCACUAAUAUCAGGAUACUCGCUCUCCUCAAGGGAAAACAGAAAAAAUACAUUUCUGCAGAUAUUUAAGUAAACUUACUCAGCGUAUGAGUUCUGCUUCUUUAUCUAAUGAUCUGCUGAGUGUUUCUAGCUCCUGUUAUUUUAUUUUAGUUUAUAUAUUUGUAUAGAGCUCUGACAGUUGUUCGUGCACAGCUGAAUGAAGUCACGAGAUAAUAAAUGAAGAAUAAACAGUUAGGAAGUGAAAGUGAAAGUCAGUCUCCAUUUUGUGUGGAGGGGAAAAUACAGCAUUUCAGGAGUAAAAACACAGGUUUGAUUAAACACACUGAUGUUGGAGUGAAGUAAACGUGUGUCCUGCUGUAAUCUGGAGAAGGAGACAUGACCUCCAACAUGAGUGUGUCUGGAGAACAGGACUUAAAGAGAGACGAGAGAAUGAUGGAGGGAAAGAGAUCAGACUCACCAGAACCCAGCUGUGUGUCCAUGAAGAGUGACGCAUCAAUGGAUCAUCCAAAUCACUUCAGAGACGGAGCCAGUUCUCCUGAUGUGAGACCACAACAGAAGAAAUCAAACCUCAGCAGAAAUCAGUUGGACUCCAUAUUCAAGGAGCUGGAACACAAAGUCAUCACUCUGAUAAAGAAUGAGCUGAAGAGGUUCAGGAAGCUCCUGAGUCCAGAUUACCCAGCAUGCACUGAGAGGGAGGUGCAGGAUGAGUAGGAUCUGCACAGUGUCAGAGACGGAGCGCUGAAGAUCACACUGCACGUCCUGAAGAACAUGAACCACACAGAUCUCGCUAACACACUGCACAACAAGUCUGUGGCCUCUGUGUAUCAGCCAAAGCUGAAAUCCAGCCUGAGGGAGAAGUUUAAAAGAAUUAAUGAAGGAAUCUCACAGCAUGGAAGCUCAGCACUUCUGAAUGAGAUCUACACAGAUCUCUACAUCACAGAGGGUUGGAGUGGAGAUGUCAAUAAUGAACAUGAGGUGAGACAGAUUGAGACAGCAUCCAGGAGACCAGCAGCACAGGAGACACCCAUCAAAUGUAAUGAUCUCUUUAAAGACAAGUCCAUCAGAAGAGUGCUGACUAAAGGAGUUGCUGGAAUUGGAAAAACAGUCUCUGUGCAGAAGUUCAUUCUGGACUGGGCUGAAGGAAAAGCAAAUCAGGACGUCACCUUCAUGUUUCCACUUCCCUUUAGAGAGCUGAAUCUGAUGAAGCAGAGACAUCUCAGUCUGAUGGAUCUUCUUCAUCACUUUUUCCCUGAAAUGAGAAAACUACAAUUAAUAGACUUCUACAAAGUGGUGUUGAUCUUUGAUGGUCUGGAUGAGUGUCGACUUCCUCUAAAUUUCCAGAAGAAUGAGAGAUUGUGUGAUGUGACAGAGUCAGCCUCAGUGGAUGUGCUGCUGACGAACCUCAUCAAGGGGAAUCUGCUUCCCUCUGCUCUCCUCUGGAUCACCUCUCGACCAGGAGCAGCCAAUCAGAUCCCUCCUGAGUGUGUAGACCAGGUAACAGAGGUACGAGGGUUCAGUGAUCCUCAGAAAGAGGAGUACUUCAGGAAGAGGAUCAGAGAUCAGAGCCUGGCCAAUAAAAUCAUCUCACACAUGAAGUCUUCAAGAAGCCUCCACAUCAUGUGCCACAUCCCAGUCUUCUGCUGGAUCUCAGCCACUGUUCUAGAGAGAAUGUUGGGUGAAGCAGAGAGUGGAGACAUCCCCAAGACUCUGACUCAAAUGUUCACACACUUCCUGAUCUUUCAGAUCAAACACAAGGACCAAAAGUACCAUCAGAAAUGUGACCCUGAUCCUCAGCAGACCAGAGCGAGUAUCCUGGCACUGGGAAAACUGGCUUUCCAACAGCUGGAGAAAGGAAACCUGAUCUUCUAUGAGGAAGACCUGAGAGAGUGUGGCAUUGAUGUGAGAGAAGUGUCAGUGUACUCAGGAGUGUGUACCCAAAUCUUCAGAGAGGAGUUUGGGCUUCACCUGGGGAAGGUGUUCAGCUUUGUACAUCUGAGUGUUCAGGAGUUUAUGGCUGCUUUAUAUGCAUUUUUCUGCUUUAUUUUUAGAAAGACAAAUGUGUUAGUGGAACAAAGCACUGGACAUUUUAAUUUCUUCAGAAAGUCAGACAUGUCUGAUCUCCUCAGGAGUGCAGUGAACAAGGCCUUACAGAGUGAGAACGGACACCUGGACCUGUUCCUCCGCUUCCUUCUGGGUCUCUCACUGGAGUCCAAUCAGACUCUCUUACGAGGCUUAAUGCCACAGACAGGAAGCAGCUCUCACAGCAAACAGGAAACAGUCGAGUACAUCAAGGAGAAGAUCAGGGAGAAUCCAUCUCCAGAGAAAUCCAUCAAUCUGUUCCACUGUCUGAAUGAACUGAAUGAUCAUUCUCUAGUGCAGGAAGUACAGACUUACCUGAACAGUGGAGAUUACUGGUGUCUCAGGGGAACCAGACUCUCUCCUGCUCAGUGGUCAGCUCUGGUGUUUGUGUUACUGAACUCAGAUCAGGAGCUGGAUGAGUUUGAUUUGAGGAAAUAUGACCGAUCAGAGGAAUGUCUUCUGAAGCUGCUGCCAGUGGUCAAAGCCUCCAGAAGAGCUGAUCUGUGUGUGUGUGAUCUGACAGAGGAAAGCUGUAGAGUUCUGUCCUCAGUUCUCAGAUCAAACUCCAGACUGAGAGAACUGAACCUGAGUAACAAUAACCUGCAGGAUUCAGGAGUGAAGCUGCUCUCUGCUGGACUGGAGAAUCCAUACUGUACACUGGAGACACUGAGUCUGUGUGUGUGUGAUCUGACAGAGGAAAGCUGUAGAGUUCUGUCCUCAGUUCUCAGAUCAAACUCCUCCAGACUGAGAGAACUGAACCUGAGUGUCAAUAACCUGCAGGAUUCAGGAGUGAAGCUGCUCUCUGCUGGACUGGAGAAUCCACACUGUACACUGGAGAUACUGAGGCUGUGUGUGUGUGAUCUGACAGAGGAAAGCUGUAGAGUUCUGUCCUCAGUUCUCAGAUCAAACUCCUCCAGACUGAGAGAACUGAACCUGAGUGUCAAUAACCUGCAGGAUUCAGGAGUGAAGCUGCUCUCUGCUGGACUGGAGAAUCCACACUGUACACUGGAGAUACUGAGGAUGUGUUACUGCAGGAUUACAGAUGAAGGUUGUGCUGCUCUGGCUUCUGCUCUGAGGUCAAACUCCUCAUCACACCUGAGAGAACUGGAUCUGAAUGGUAAUAAUCCAGGAGAAUCAGGAGUGAAGCUGCUCUCUGAUCUACUGAAGGAUCCACACUGUAACCUGGAGACACUACACAUUAACUAUAAUACACUCACCAGGACUGGCGUAUGACAGGAGUCUCACCUCAAACCUCUUCUCCAGGAUAAUGCAGUCUCGGUGAAGAGUUAGAACCCGUCCCACAUUUCCAGCAGUUUGGGAGCUGAAUCAUUAAACUUAAAGGGGCAGAGCAGAAACAAAGUCAAGAACAGGCAGAAGGUCGUACACAGGAGAAAUCAACACACGUAACCAAAUAUCUGCUGUACAAAGCAACGGCACCGAUCUGCCCCGGGGAUGGAGACUGACGAGGCUGAACCCUCUUACCCCUUAGUUCCCACAGUAUUAUGUCCCAUAACCCUAUAUUCCCCUGAGAAACAGCACGCCAACCCCGAGUUCCUGAGCCAAAAUCAACAUUUUAAUUUGAACAUUUUUAGGCCUUGAAACAACUUAUAAUAAUGUAUUUGUGUAAUAUUACUUUGAAAAUGAAGCACUUCAGUGUUUUUACUCCACUUAGAGCACAAUUCUUAACUAGAGAAAUGACGAAAAAUGCUCGCUAAAAUCCUUCUACUCAUUUAGAAGUACCAUACGAGCAUCAGCGUGGUCAAUGCCUUUAUAAAUAAUAAAUAAAUAAAUGCA